AUGCGCUGUACGAGACUCGCUCGAGCGGCAGCGGAGUCUUCCUCAUCCGCAAGCACACCAUCUCUCCCACGAAAAGCACGAGUCGCUAUCAUCGGCGCUGGCCCCUCUGGCUUCUAUGCAGCAUCCCGCAUCCUAUCUCGAGUACCAUAUUCCCAAACCGAGUCUGCAGCGUCACAGCCUCUCUCGAUAGAUAUCUUUGACCGCCUACCCGUUCCUCAUGGCUUGGUUCGAUACGGAGUUGCACCAGAUCACCCCGAUGUCAAGAAUGUCGAGAACAAGUUCGCCACGGUCUCGCAAGAUCCGCGCUUGCGAUUCGCUGGAAAUGUCGAUGUCGUCCAUUCCCCGGCACAUGACAGAGCCAAGGCGCAGUACCCGGAUGCAGUGCAGGUGCCAUUAGAGCUGUUGUCGCGGUACUAUACACACAUUCUAUUCUCUUAUGGUGCAUCUACAGGCAGGAGUCUAGGCAUCCCAGGUUCAGCACCCGGAGAGUUGGAAGGAGUGUACACAGCGUUGCAGUUCGUCAACUGGUACAAUGGCCAUCCAGCCUCUCAUGACCCUACAUUGCUUGCUGGGUCACACUUCAACGUAGACUUCACCAACAAGCAUCACAUGACAGUCAUCGGCGCAGGAAACGUCGCUCUGGAUGUAGCAAGAAUCGUGCUCCGCUCGUCGAUACCUUUCUUCGAGUCAUCUUCAGGACGAGUCACUUCUAACAAAGCACCAGGUCUGUCGGCGUUGGAGGAAACAGAUGUGCCCGAACCAGUGCUGGCCGAGUUGGCAAAGUGUAAGAUCCGUCAUGUCGACGUCUUCGCACGACGAGGACCGGCGCAGCUAGCUUUCACCAACAAGGAAGUACGAGAGAUGCUCUCGCUCGAAGGCGUCGCUCUCCGUGCACCCGAGAAGGAGCUUCUCGUUUCUGCAUUGGUGCAACUCGAUGAAUUGGCGGCAAAAGGCGCCGCUGAUCCGGCAAAGGCCAAUGAGAUCGCCUCCGAGGUCAGAGUCAAGAAGCGUCUACUCAGCAUCUUGACCAAGGGCAGCAAGAGCAAGGUCGAAGAAGAGGUCAAGACAUGGGGCUUGAACUUCUUCCGCUCACCCGCGGCGUUUUUCGCGAAGGAGGGGGGUUCGAAACAGGUAGGCAGUGUAGAAUGGGACGUCACAACACUGCAAAGUGGUCAACCAACAGCGGCGAAUCUGGACGCCGCCGACCCCAAGAAAGCAACCUGGGGAUCCGGCUCCACAGGUUCUACUCCUGCCGCAAGCAAGUCCACUGCAACAGGGAAGAAGGUCACCACCAAGACAGACAUAGUCGUUUCAAGUGUCGGGUACCAGAGCGAGCCUCUCUUCUCACCUUCAGCUUCAACUUCUCCUGCCGUGGUAGAGGAUGGGAGAUUGGUGCAGCUACCUUUCGAUCCUUCCCGUAAGAUCGUUCCGAACGCAGGCGGAAGAAUUAUCGACCCGUCGACAAAAAAUCCUAUUCCCAACACAUAUGUCAGCGGAUGGCUCGCAAGAGGACCGAGCGGCGUUAUCGCAACGACUAUGAUGGACGCAUACGGAGUAGCCGACGUGAUUCUUGCUGAUCUUCAUUCGGCUGAUCAAGCUCGGACUAGUGGUGGCGAGGAAGGUGGGGACCUAUUGGUGCAGCUGCAGCGAGAGUCAAGCAAUAAAGUCGUCGGCUUUGAAGGGUGGAAACGUAUCGACGAGGAAGAGAAACAAAGAGGUCAAAAGCUUGGCAAGUUGCGAGAAAAGAUCCUCACUGUCAAAGAAAUGCUCGAUAUCGUCAAUUGA